CUUCCAAACACUCCGGAUUCCAAUCCACUUGAAAUUCGAUUGUAUUAGAACAACUGCUAGUGAUGGGUCUCGUGUCGACUUGGCUAAAUGGUAUCGGUUUGGGAAGUGUCGUUCCGACGUUUGAGGCUGCUGGGAUAGUAUCUCCUUCGCAUCUCGCAGACUUGGAUGUUGCKUACUUUGAAUCACUUGGAGUAACCAAUCCAGAUGAUCGUCGCAAACUCUUUUAUCUGGUACAGCGUAUCAAGAUGGCUGUCCACAAGAAGGAKAAAGUAGAGGGAAGUAAAACGCCCAUCAGUGCUGAAGAACGUGUAAAUGCGGUCGUCUCAAAAAAUUUCGUUAGCGAAGACGAGGGCAACGACAACGAUUACGAGGGUGAGGGCGCAGAUAAUGCAGAAGGAUCGGUCGAUAAUACACCCGGUGAAGAGAAAAAAGAAGAUGGACAGCUGCUGCGAAGAAGCGCGCGAAUAAGAACGAAGUUGAAAAAGAAAGAUGACUCGUUGAAAGAAAGCAAAAAUGAGGGAAUAGAAACUUCUGGUGCUGGAGAAUCAGCGCCAGAAGAAAAGAAACCUUCCAAGAGCUCUUCCUCGAAAAAAUCAAAACUGGGAAAGUUAAGCUCGAAGCUAAUCAAGGAUAAGAAAGAGAGAAAGGAGAAGAAAAAGAAAAAAAAGGCGGCAUCGAGCAAAUCAUCAACAUCUUCUACUCUAUCAUCCUCUAAUACAGUGAACGAGGAUGAUAGCGCUGGCGUUAUUAACGGCUGUGAAGCAGAAACCUUAAAUGUCUGCACAUCAGUGGAGGAAAAAGUCACUUUAGAGGUAUCACAGAAAUCGCCUUCCRAAAUUGAACGAUCAAAAAAGUUCCAGGACGACGUUUCUAAUUUGCAGCAACCAAAGUCCAAACUACCAGUAUCUUCACGGUUGACAAAAAAGACACAGAAAACCUCUCACCAAGCCGCUGUGCCGGAAGYGUCUUYGUCGGAAUCUGAAUCGCAUCGUYCAAAUGAUGUUGUCAAUGAAACCCAGAUCGAGAAAUCCGAGAUUUUGAAACCUAAGUCGAAACGACGAGUAACUCUCGCAGGAAGUAUGAGUUCCUCCGAUGGUACCUSCCAAUCCAAAAUUGACCAAGCAUCGAAAAAUAUGGACGAACAUGACAACACUGCCAGCACUAAGAAAGGAACUGGACAAWUGGAUUAUCACGACGAAAUUCCUUCCAUUCAAAGGGGGGGUAUACCAAAAGUAGGAUCAGGGAUAAGUCGUUCUAGUAAGAGCAUGAGUGUUUCAGAGUCGGCAUUAUUGCAACAUUACCAACGUGGUCAACAAARUCGGUCAUCGAUACCUCCAGCAUCCCGUAGUCUCCGUAUUCCAUCACCKACCGCUGUAGUAGGGCACUCCUCGAAGGUUGAUCGCACCACAACACCUAAGAGUCGAUCCAGCAGUAKUACCGCCUCUACUUCUCCUAUCAUCAUGCAGGUUUCAAGUACAGGUCCAGAAUCCUGGGCCACAAAAAUUUCCAAUCUUAGAGAGGACAACAAAGACGAAYACGAAUUGUUUCGUGACCAAGUGGAUGAUGAAAACCAGUACCAUGAGUAUUAUGAUAUGCGGAUCAAAGUCAUUGUUAGGAAACGGCCACUAAGCAAGAGUGAAUCCCUCACUGGGGGAAUAGAUAUUAUUCACCCACUGGAUUAUGGUAGUUAUGGAAAAACCCUCGUUUAUCAGCCYAAAACCCGUGUUGAUUUGACGAAAGAAGUCGAAACUGUUCCAUUCGCUUUUGACAACGUGUUUGAUGAAUCAUCGACUAACAUAAAGAUUUAUGAGCGUUCCUUGAGGAACCUCGUAGAGCCCUUUUUCAAUGGACAGUGGGCAACUGUGUUUGCAUACGGACAAACUGGCAGUGGGUACGGAAAACAGUCGUUUGUUUGAUCGGGAAUCAGAUGUCACUAAUUGUAUGGUGAUUUAUGUUUGUCGUCGCUAACGUUGUCAUUUUUUUUUGUUUUCUGUGCAGAAAAACUUACACAAUGAUGGGUUCAAAUAUAACAGGUGUCAAUGCAGGAACUGCGACGAACGACCAGAAAAAUCUUGGCCUGUACUAUCUUGCUGCGUUGGACAUUUUCGAAAUGAUUGAGUUACCUGAGUACAGACACUUAGAUGUACACGUUUCCCUUUUUGAAAUAUAUGGAGGAAAAUUAUUCGAUUUGUUGAACGAUAGAAAUCAGAUUAAAUGUCUCGAAGAUAGCAAGGGCAAGGUGUGUUUCCCAGGAUUGACAGAGCAUUCUGUGACWUCCCCUGAUCAUGUGAUGCAAUUGAUCGAGGCAGGUGCUAAAAAUAGAUCUACUGGUACAACGUCGAGAAAUGCAGACAGCAGUCGAAGCCAUGCUGUGUUGCAGAUCAAAUUAAUGAAAACUACCGGACGGAAAAAGAAUAUAGAGCAUGGUAAGCUAAAAAUCGAAGUCGCGUAUGACGUUUUGUAAUCUGAGGGAGAAAAAAUAUUCAUACAAUCUAACUUUUCAUUUUUCRCCUUUUGAUAGGUCGAUUCAGCUUUAUUGAUCUGGCUGGCAGUGAACGCGGUGCUGAUACAACCAAUGCUAGUAGGGCGACACGACUAGAGGGUGCAGAGAUUAACACAUCUCUGUUGGCACUGAAAGAAGUGAUUCGAGCAUUAGCGACCGGUGGAUCAAUGACUCACAUUCCAUUUCGAGGAUCAAAAUUAACACAGGUGUUGAAAGAUAGUUUUGUAGGCACAAAUUCGCGGUGUUGUAUGGUUGCAUGUAUCAGUCCCGAUAUUGGAAAUUGCGAGCAAACCUUGAAUACCUUACGCUAUGCCGACCGCGUGAAAGAACGUAACCCUGAAACUGGAGUCCUUUCUACCUCCUGCCAAGAGGCCACCAAAAUAAUUUCUAAUCAGCAAUUGAAACUGUCGACGAAGCAGUACCCAUCUCCCUCGAAAAGAAAGAUUGGUGGUGGCCAAGAGCAUCGGAGUGGAGGAUUUGCGGACGAAAAGAAAAACUAUCUCGAUGAUGACUCCAUUGGUGAAAAUGAAAUGAAUCCUCCGAUUCCUCCGUUAUCGAAAAGUUUCUCUCGUACCGGAGAAACUACAGAAAAGCGAGAAGCUGGACAGGCUCUUGUUUCGAACCAUAGAUCAGUCAUGUCACGAUGGCUUACAAUGGUAAAAACUGAGAUGAAACUAGUGAAUCAGGUCGACGCCAAUCGGGAGGGUCUAGAUGACUAUAUUUUAGAACUCCAAAAYAUACAAAGAGAGCAGCUUGGUUUCAUCGGUGAGCUCCGGCGCGUAAGUMUUCGUUGCUAAGGUAGUAAAUUUCUUUUGGGUUGAAUGACCAUGCAAUGCCCACUCUAACCAAUCAUUGUUUCAYAACUAUUUUUCAGUCGCUUCAAAAUUACGUCAGUGCGGUCGAGGCCCCGCAUCAAAUUUUCGAUGCAGCACACGAAGAUGACGACAGCUUCGAGGACCUUCGCGACUGAUGGCAUAACUUUCAGGAUCCUAAUAUUUUUAAAGUAGUUGAAAUUGACACCGCUACACAAAAUAUAAUCAGAAGCUAGAA